UGAAGGAUGUAAACUGAGAAGCAAAGGGCGUCGUCAAUGCAAGCAACUUUCAGUUUGACGUGUAUCUGACUGGAGAAAGGCUUGAGGAAAUCAUGGCUGAAUUUGUUAAGGCGCAAAUUAAGGGAGAUAAAGUGGUCGUGUUUUUAAAACCGUCCUGUCCUUACUGUGUGCUCGCCAAAAAUGUGCUGUCAAAGUAUAAGUUCAAAGACGGACGCCUUGACUUCAUCGAUAUAAGCGGACGGAGCGACAUGGGUAACAUGCAUUGGUCAUUGUUGUGCCAGGGUUUCACCAUUCGUUCUUUGUAGGUUCCUCGAGUCUUCAUAGGAGAAAAGUGUAUCGGAGGAGGGAGUGAUGUUGAGGGUCUUCACAACUCUGGACAACUGGAAGGCAUGUUGCAGGCGAUCGGAGCUUUGCAAUGAAGGGGGUCAAGAAUGGGUCACAUGAUGUUGCAGCGCGACUUGCGGACCUGUCGUCUGCGUUGCUGGUACUCGCUGAGCUCCUGCAGGUAUCCUCUGGAAGGCCAGCGCAGUCGCUCCACCUGCUCACGCUCCUCAUCUGUGAAAAACAUCCAAAUAACAUGGAAAGCAUGAACAUCCUUUUAUACAUUCCCAUGUUUUACCUUUGUAGUAUCUCCGUCCAUGAAAUCUCUAUCAUGAACUUCACCUACUAUUCGUUGCUAUAAAACUUGUGCAUGAUUCUUUAUAAGACAUAAUUAUGUAUUUGGAUGCUUAAUGAAUAAUAAAAUGUUUGCACUAAAA